AUGGAGACCGGACGAGCCAGGGACAGCCAGUCUGCCCAGUCUGGGUCCUCUGCGUUCUCUGGGGCAACGUGGACGCCACCGUCGCGUCUGGACCGGAUUCACGGCCCCAGCCAGUCCGUCUGGCUGUCCUCCCCCGCCUACCCCGAGGCCUUCCACUACGGCUUCAGGACUCGACCCCACCGCCUCUCGCCCCUUGGGUCCUCGCCGUUGCCCGAGCCGCACCUGCUGCGUCUACGCCCCACCUCGCUUUGCACCCAGGACAUCUCGCACUUGCUCACCAGCGUCUUCCGUAAUUUGUACACUGCCGAGGUGAUCGGCGAAGACGUGAGCGCGAGUUUGAUCAAGGCCCGCGGCAGCGAGGAUGCGCACCACGAGGAGUUCGUGGACAAACUGCAGCAGAUUCGGGAACUCUAUAAGCAGCGGCUGGAUGAGUUUGAAAUGUUGGAGAGACAUCUCAUUCAGGCCAGUGCACGGAGCCUUGCGGAGAAGGAACGAGCUGUGCACCAGGCCAAAGUACAGAUUCUGGAGCCCUUCAUCAAGAUGUCUCCAGUGAACACUGUCUUCAGGUGGCCUGUGGACAAUGAGUUACUACAGAAACAUCACUUGAUCUGCCCAGACGAUUACUACAGCAGCAUAGUGCCAUUUUGCUCUGCACCUAAAGGCACCUCAGUCCCUGGAUAUUUAAAACCGACAUUCAGUUUUGAGAAGCGUUCCCUCCCAAAGAAAGAGCUGACCAAAAAGGUUGAAGCUUCAUGCAAGAAGACACACACUAAGCUUGAAGACGACUUAGACUACACGAUGGACAGCCUGACAUGGGACUCAUCUUCAAAGGCCAAACGUAGGACCAGAGAGACUGUCAAGAAAGCAAGUCUACCAAAGAAUAAAAACUGGAUGAACCAUUUACGUGUGCCACAGAGAGUAGUGGAGCGACUUCUGCUUGCCAGAAUGGAGAGUCGGAACCACUUCCUGAAAAACCCUCGGUUUUUCCCUCCUAACACUCCACGUGGAGGCAAGUCUCUCAUCUUUCCUCCCAGGAAGCCAGCACUGAGAGGAGAAGUCCCGAGCGGAGAGCUAGAACAGAGUUGUGCCGAUACACCAGUGUUCCUCGCGGAGCCAUCAGUCGGAUUUUUCACAGAUUAUGAAAUUGGAUCAGUUUAUGAGAUGGUGAUCUCCCUGCAGAACACCACCGCGACCAGCCGCUACCUGCGAGUCCUCCCGCCUUCUACUCCGUACUUCUCUCUGGGAUUGGGGAUGUUUCCAGGGAAAGGUGGAAUGGUGGCUCCUGGAAUGACCUGCCAGUACGUUGUCCAGUUUUUACCGGACUGCCUUGGGGAUUUUGAUGAUUUUAUUUUAGUCGAGACCCAGUCAGCCCACACGCUUUUGAUCCCCCUGCAGGCCCGGAGAUUGCCCCCAGUGCUGACACUGUCGCCAGUGUUGGACUGCGGUUACUGCCUCAUGGGGGGAAUGAAGGUGACCAGAUUCCUGUGCAAAAAUGUGGGCUUCAGUGUCGGCAGGUUCUGCGUUAUGCCUAAAAAGAGCUGGCCGCCGCCAAGUUUCAGGGCUGUUGCAACCAUUGGCUUCGUUGAGCAACCUCCCUUUGGGAUCCUGCCUUCCGUGUUUGAGCUGGCUCCAGGGCAGGCCAUAUUAAUGGAGGUCUUGUUCCUCCCAACAAGCCUCGGGCAGGCAGAGCAGACCUUCAUCAUCGUGUGUGACAACUGCCAGAUAAAGGAGCUGGUGACUUCAGGAAUCGGGCAGCUGGUUGCUUUGGAUCUGAUCUACGUUUCUGGUGAAAAAAGUCAGCCAGAGCCUGGAGAGCUCACAGAUUUAACAGCCCAGCACUUCAUACGCUUUGAGCCUGAAAACCUUCAGUCCACAGCUAGGAGACAGCUGAUUAUUAGAAAUGCUACGCACGUGGAGCUGGCCUUCCACUGGCAGAUCAUGAAACCCAACCUGCAGUCGCUAAUGCCCGGAGAAAGCUAUAGCAUGGACAGCAUCCAGUACCACCCUGACAGGGAGACGGCCUUCUCCAUCACGCCUGAGAGGGGGAUGCUCGCUCCUCACGCGGACCACGACUUCAUCCUGAGCUUCUGUCCUCACGAGCUGAGAGAUUUUCACAGUGUGCUCCAGAUGGUGCUAGAGGAAAUCCCAGAGCCCAUGAGUUCAGAACUGGGAAACCUGACGGAGCCGUCGUACUCUGUGGAUGAUGUGAUCGCCCUGGAAAUUGAGGUGAAAGGCUCAGUGGAACCUUUCCAGGUUCUCCUAGAACCAUAUGCCCUCAUCAUCCCCGGGGAGAACUACAUUGGCAUAAAUGUGAAGAAAACUUUUAAGAUGUGGAACUAUAGCAAGUCAGCCAUCAGGUACACGUGGGGGAAGAUCAGCGACUGUCACAUUGUUGAAGUGGAACCCUGCACAGGAACCAUAGAGUCCAACGAGGUUGGGGAUUUUGAGUUGAAGUUCACUGGGGGUGUCCCCGGCCCAACAAGCCAGAACCUGCAGUGUGAAAUCAGAGACUCACCCUCGCCAGUGGUGUUGCACAUCGCGGCGGCCUUUAAGGGGCCUGCCCUCGUCAUCAACAUCUCAGCCCUUCAGUUUGGUUUGCUGCGCCUGGGGCAGAAAGCCAGCAACUCCAUCGAGAUCCAGAACACCAGCCCGCUCCCAGCCAUGUGGUCCAUGAAGGAGAGUCCGAUCUGCCUCAAAGAAAGGCCUGAGGGUGUGUCUCCUUUCGCUAUUGAGCCUUCCAGCGGCCAGGUUCCACCUCUGGGAGAGUGCCGAGUGAACAUCACCUUGGAGGCCCUGCAAUGCCAGCGUCUGCAGACCCUGCUGGUGCUGGAGGUGGUGAACGGGGCCUGGAGCUACCUCCCAGUGUAUGCCGAGGUACAGGAGCCCCACGUGUACCUACAGAGCAGCCAGGUGGAGCUCAGCAACCUCUACCUGGGCGUGCCCACGAAGGCAACCCUCACGCUCAUCAAUGGCACACUCCUGCCCACCCAGUUCCACUGGGGCACGCUCCUGGGGCACCAAGCAAGCUCCUGCACAGCAAAAGUCUCCCCCAGAUGUGGCACACUGGGCCCCCAUGAGGAGUUCCAGCUCAGUCUGGAGUUGACUACUCAUACCCAGGAAGAGCUGACCGAUCUGGCCCUCCCUUGUACCGUGUCAGGCAUGAAGGAGCCACUGGUUCUGGGCAUUUCGGGGAAACCCCAGGGACUGCAAGUGGCCAUCGCCAUCUUGGAGGAGGGCUCUGACAGAAGCGUUCCUAGCACAGAGCUGUGGCCAGGCCACAAGGAGGAGCUCAGCCUGGACUUUGGCUCGAUGGUGCCACUGAGGACCUGCGUGAAUCGCCAGCUUAUCCUGACCAAUCAUUCCCCGAUAGAGACCCCUUUCACCCUCAAGUUUGAGUACUUCGGGAGCCCUCAAAACAGCGUGCGCCAAAAACCAUGCCUCCCCGACGUGUCUCCUGCUCUGCUGAAGACAGCGAGGAUUCGUAAGCAGUUGGCCAGGCGAGAACAGCUGGAUUUUAUGGAAAACAUAUUGUCUCAUGGGAAAGGAGCAGCUUUCUUUCCCCACAUUUCCCAGGGCAUGUUGGGGCCCUACCAGCAGCUACAUGUCAACAUCACGGGCUGUGCAAACAUGUGGGGCGAGUACUGGGACAAGCUCAUCUGCACGGUGGGAGACCUGCCGCCAUCAGUCAUCCCGGUGCACAUGGCAGCAGUAGGCUGUCCCAUCAGCUCGUUGAGGACCAACUACACCACUGACCACUUCCAGAAGGAGCCUACCAUCAGGUUCAGCACCCAGAUCUCUGGAGGAGAUACAGUUACCCGGGUCCUUCGCCUGAAUAACUCCAGCCCCUGUGACAUCCGCCUGGACUGGGAGACCUACGCUCCGGACGACAGGGAGGACCGGCUCGUGGAGCUGCUGGUGUUUUACGGGCCACCUUUCCCGCUGCAGGACCAAGCAGGAAGUGACCUCCUGUGCUCUGAGGCCCUUGAGGGCGGCAGCUCCUUCGGGUCCCCAAGUGUCUCUAUGGAAUCGGUGUCCAGCCACGAAGCUGUGGAGAGCAGCUCCAGUAACACAAAGAUCAUCUCGGUCAUCCUGCAGGGGCACGAGGGAGUGCCCUCUGACCACCUGUACCGUGUCAGCCCCCAGCAGGUGGUGAGUUGGGGCGGAGCUGGGAGCUGCCUCGCAGAGUCCCCACUGGCCAGGGCAGUGCUGAGGCUACUGUACCUGUGCCAGGUGGUCCCUGCAGGGGGCAGCAGCACCAUCUCCAUCUCCUUCACACCCAUGGUCCUUGGCCCCGACAUCCUGCACAAGGUGAAGUGUGUUGGCUAUGCCCUGGGCUUCAUGAGCUUGGACAACGAGGUGGAAAGGGAGCUUCCAGGGAGGAGGAGGCGCCUGCAGCACUUGGCUGUGGGACCCCUGAGGCUGGACCUGCAGAGCUACGUGAGGACUGCACAGCUCAGUGUGGAGCUGGACUACGAUGGCGGCAUGGACUUCCGGCUCCAGGCCAGUGACCUCAUCCCUGACCAGCCCUGUUCCGGGGUGCUGAGUGAGCUGGUGACCACCCACCACCUGAAGCUGACCAACACCACGGAAAUGCCACACUACUUCCGGCUCCUGGUCUCCAGACCCUUCUCUGUUUCUCAAGAUGGAACUAGCCGCCGCCACAGAGUUCCUGGCCCUGGCCCGGAGCAGGAGUCUGAGGAGUUGGCAGCAGGGGGCAAGCAGCUGGUGCUCCACCCGCAGGAGAACAUGCUGGUGAACGUGUCCUUCUCGCUGUCCCUGGAGCUGCUCUCCUAUCAGAGGCUCCCGGCUGAUCAGAUGCUGCCCGGAGUGGACAUUCAGCAGAGCGUGAGUGGAGAGAGAGAGAUGGUGUUUACCCAGAAUCUGCUCCUGGAGUACCCCAACCGCACCACUCAGGUGGUACCCCUGCGGGCCACUGUGGCCGUGCCUGAUCUGCAGCUCUCCACCAGCUGGGUGGACUUUGGAACCUGCUUUGUGAACCAGGGGCGGGUCCGGGAGGUCUACCUGAUGAACCUGAGCGGCUGCCGGAGCUACUGGGCUGCGCUGAUGGGCCAGCGGGAACUGGACAAGGACCCUGGGGCCUUCAGGGUCUCCCCAAGCAGUGGACUGGUGGAAGCACGACCGGUCAAUGCGCCUCCACCCUUCAUCAUCCUGCAGGUUCUCUUCACUGCCAGGAGCAAUGAGCUGUACGAGUCCACGCUGGUGGUGGAAGGUGUGCUCGGUGAGAAGGCCUGCACCCUGCAGCUGCAGGGCCAAGGCUCCUAUGACGAGAGCUAUGUGUCACCUACCAGCUCUGAGGCUCUGCCCUCAGACCCCCAGCUUUGGCAAUAAACGUGGCCCAGAGCUACAGAACAGGGGCGCACACUGGAGAACCUCUGGGCAGCUCCUCGAGUGGAGGGAGCCCCUUCCAUGGCAGUGGUCUCAGCUUAGGCCCCGCAUUUACAUCCUCAGAGCGAAU